AAAGGCCGCGAAUAUCAGGGCAAUAGCAUCAAACAAUUUUUGACUUUCAAAGCAAAAGUUUCGUAGAAAAUUAUAAAACAAGAAAUCAUUAUGAAGGCUUUCAUUACCUUGGCUGUUGUGUGCUUGGUUGCCUGUGCUUUGGCCAAUCCCCUGGAAUUGUCCGAGGAACAAAUAGUCAAGGCCAGACAACACAUCGAGGAGUGCGCCAAACAGGAAAAUGUCCCCGAAGAAGAUGUUGUGAAAUUCCGCAACAAGGAUGUUGAAAAUCCCUCCAAGGCCUUCAAGUGUUUGGGCACAUGUUUCUUUGAACGUGCCGGUACCUUGAAAAAUGAUGAACUCCAAGAUGAUGUUGUGAUUGCCAAAUUGGGCGGUUUGGUUGGUGAAGAGAAGGCCAAGGAAGUUUUGGAGAAAUGCAAGGGUAUCAAGGCUGAAGAUCGUUGUGAAACCGGUUACAAAAUCUUCCAAUGUUUCCAUGCUGCCAAGGCUGCUUACUAAGGAUGUAAUUGAGGAAUGAGAUGAUUAUUAUUGGAAAAGAACGGAAUAAAAAAAAAUAAAAUCUUAAAUUUAAGAUUUACAAAAAGUCAA